UGGUCUCAGGUGGGUGUGUAGCGGCCUUUACAUAGUGAUGUCACCACUUUCAGAAAGAAAACAAAGGAGUCCAAUUUGAGGCCUUUCAUGCAGGGAGGAGCAGUGUGUGGGAGAGAAACCCCCUCUGGAGGGAACUUUGGGAUUUUAGCCUUUGCUGACUUUUACAUGCACAGAAACCUAUAGAACACACUACAGGAGAGGGGAAAUCCUUUGAGGCGCUUUAAAGAUAACUUGGUACACUUUAUCAGUAAGAUUCUUUGUUGACUCAGAUAAAAAAGAACAUUUCAUGGUGUGAAAUGCAGAUGUUUUGUGUAACAUGAGUCAUUUUCUGCUGAGGGUUUCUAAUCUUAGAUCCUCUCUGGUGUAAUGGACCACCCAUCAGCAUGGUGAAGACAGUUUUUAUUUUAGUGUAUCUUUGUCUGAUAAAUACCAAUUGUCAAGCAUAGAGUUUACAUUUAUAUACAGUGUCAGAUGAUGACACUAUUAUCUAUUUUGUGUACUUACUUGAUUUUUGUACACUACAAUUAUGAUAUAAAAAGCAAACAUAAAAAACAUAUUAUUGUGAAAAUGUUGAUUUAAGAUCAUGCUAGUUCUAUUCAAUGCUGCUGAGUUCAUGUCAUUCAAACCUGCAGCUCUGUGCAAGUGAAUGUCACCUUAUCAUGAUGAGGUGGUCUUCUACAAACCAAAAUGCUCUUCUGCCUCUGUUUGGUAAUGUUGAAUGUCGCACUGCCCUGAGCUUCCACUCUGUCCAGUUGUAAGCAAAGCGAGAGUUUCCCAAGCCCCUUGGUGCCCUGGCGCGGGACACCCUCCCAGAGCUGCUCUCCCCCACCGGCUUGACUGCCUGCUCUUCUUGGCAGCCAAACAGCCAGGGGAGGAUCAAGAUGACCGGGCGGCUGAGAUAAGGGCAGCAUGAAGUUCCCCACAUUACCUCACCCGAUAAGGAAACCAGCGGAGAGAGAGAGGCAGGCUGGGAGGAAUCCUCUGAACGAACAGUGAUGCACAGAGAGGCAGACACACUUCGUUGGGUUUUUAGUGGUCUGGGUGGAACCGCUACCCACAGAGGCCUUUUGAAGUCGACAGAUGCUUGAACAUAAUGGUCCUCAGUAGAAAUAGAAACAUGUGCACAGACUUUUAAAAUGUCCUGGAUGUAAAGAAGACCUCAGACUAUUUGUUCUUUAGAGGAUUUACCAGAGCAGUUGGUGGAUGAUACAAACAUCUUCAACACGGGAGAGCAAGCUUCCAUCCUGCCAAUUCAAAUAGACUGAAGAAAGUGAAAAAAAACUUGAGGAGAGUCUGCUUCAGCACUGAUGGCGGGGAAUCCUCUGGAAAGUCUUAUGUCGGUUUCAGCAAACCAUCAGCUUGUGUCCAACUCCGCCGCUCAGCCCUGGAGGCAGCAGCCUGGGAGGGGGGGCGGCCCAGCAUCCCCACACAGGCAGAGCACACGCAGGAAGUGGGCGCAGUCUGUGUUUGGGUCCAGGUUAAACUCUGGUUCUUGUGGCGAGUCUGCAGUUCGGUCCGGGACAAUGAGGGGUCAGCACUCUCCAGAAAAUGCAGCGCGAGAGAGGAGCCGUGUUCGGAACCUACGACAGGCCUUCCACAGCCUUCAGGCGGCUCUGCCCUCAGUCCCACCUGACACCAAACUGUCCAAGCUGGACAUUUUGGUUCUGGCUACUAACUACAUAGCUUUCCUGACGGAGACAUUGGACCAGGGACGGACGCAAGCUGAGCACACCUUUCCCUCCCAGCCGGGGGGAAACCUGCAUCCUGUUAAGAAGUGGCCCAUGCGUUCCCUGCUCUAUUGUGGCAGCGUGGCCGAGCUGCUUUCAGGAGUCACGCCUAUUCCCGGACAGGAUGGAACACACCCCCUAACCCCCCGCCAAGAAGCAAACAAAGAGUGAUAGCUAAGAGGGGUCAUUACUUUCCCCCUUCUCAAAUGUUAAUCAGCUGCCAUUGGGAGCAUAAGAAGCUUCUAUUUGAAGUAUGUCUUUAUCUGUCAGUAAGAAGCUUCCUUCCUUCUACAUUCACUGUAAUGUGAAUGAUGUUGCUUAGGUAGGCUCUGCAGUUUAACUUUAAGAACACUACAGAAAAAAGAAUCAAAACUUUUGAGCCAUCAAAAGUAAAAGGAAGGCAAAGAUUUUCAUAUGUUGGAUGGAGAUGGACAAUAUGCAGUUACAAUCACAUUUUGAGCCAAGGCUGUUGAAAAAGUAUAAACCUUUCUCAUUUCAUUAUUUCAUUCAAGAAUUGGCAACAGUUUAUUUUUCUUUAUUCCUGUGACUAUUAUGUUUGUAUCUGCAAAAGCCUGUGUGUGUGUGUGUGUGUGUGUGUGUGUGUGUGUGUGUGUGUGUGUGUGUG